AUUGAUUGCAUUUGCCGUAUGACUGACAUUUGACAUUUGUCUUAAUUUGUUGAAUUGCCCUUUGAAAUAUUCUAACCAGUAUAAUAAGCAAAACAAUGCGAUGCCAAUUCAUUUAGCAUUUCAAUUCAGAUUAGUUUUGCACCACCAAGUAUGAAAAUGUCCCAUCCAUAUUCCUAAUUUUUAACAGAAAACUAAUAUUUGGGCGAAUUAAAAAAAAAAAGUUGACGCAUGGUUGUUGUUGGACAAAGGCCGUAAAUGAUAAGUGACCAAAAGGUAUUACUAGUAUAUUUCAUGCACCAUUUAACAGUGCUUAGUGGGUUCAGGCGAUCUUGGGCAAGGCUCCAGGACACCGUUGAGGUUACCUGAACCACAAUAUCCCAUUUCCACUGACUCUCACAAGCUUUCUCCUGCAUGCCGAGAAGCUUCACAUUUCACCGCGAUUGUUCUUUGCAUUAAGUAUGUGUGUGUGUGUGUGUGUGUGUGUGUGUGUGUGUGAGACGGAGGGACUUGAUUACAUCGUGUAUUCAGAGAUGUGCCAUGUCAGGUCCAACUCCUGCUCAUUUUAUCUGCUUCCUGUUCUUUCAGAUUCGGCCAGCUGCUGCUUCUUGAGAACUUUUUCAAUCAAAAUGGAGAGCAGCAAGGUGUUCACUGGUCUAGUCCCGAUAUUCAAAUUUUGUAUGCAGAUGAGAGAAAAGUAUUGGGUCACAUAUUGUGAAUGAUCACAGGUGGCCUGAAGGAAAAGAAAAGUGGAAUUACGAAUUGACUGUAUGAGUAGUCUAAGUCCAUCAAAUCUAUCCAUAUUUCAUAAGGAUGUAGAAGGCAUCCAGGCAAAAGCGCUGCUCACAUUCUGAGUCUUCUGUGAACCUCUGAAUCAGCCGUGACGCGUAACUGACACACGCAAACACCUAAUUCGUAAACAAACACGGUCCGGCUCAAGUAGCAGACUAGCUAGCCGUGCGUUGCCAUACCAACACACCAGUUGAGAAUCACUGAUUUCUUCAAGUCUUCAAUUAACCAACCCAAGCAUGUUUUUGGAAUGUACACAGGAGGCUAUUGCAAAGGAGUUUUUUAAAGAACAUAUCGUGCAUUUCUGUCACGAUUUAAAACAGUUCCCAAGUGUCUCGUUAAAGUAUACGUGACUUGUUUUUAUCAAAAGAUCAUGUGUUAUGCUUUGCGUGAGUCCAACAGCCGGUGAAGGAGGUGCUCCCCCUUCCUCGACUCCAGGAGAUUGAUUUAUCCCCACCCCCGAAUAUUCACCAAAGACAAACGGGGUCCAUGCAAUACAUCCACACGGCCUCCUCAGUGAUGACAUCAUUCAACCAGCUGAAGCCUCCGGAGCGAGAUCUCGCACUGACGUCCCACGUGAAGUCCAUCAAGUCAUUGAAGCAGGCUGGCAUCACUGCGGCCAUUUUCACUGGACAAAUGAAACUUGACAGCGAAGAGUUUCCGCUGGAGGAACCGGUUAUGGAUGCGAUCCUGGCCGACAUCGAGGCUCUGGUGCCCACUCACGACGAGGCUGGCCGUCCAAUUGCCGAGUGGAAACGUCAGGUGAUGGUGAGACAGAUGCAGAACCGACUGCAGGAUGAGGCAGACCAGAGGCAACAGGUACAGUCAUACCUCAUCUCAAUCCACACGGCGUUGAGCGUUUCUUCCUUUGAGGGAGAUUUGCGUUUGUCUGCUCAGUAUGAUUCCACGUCUGAUUUGUUUUUCCUCCCUUCACAGGACUUGACCACUGACUGCCCACCGGUGGACGGCUGGAAGUUCUCCCAGACCCACAAUGCUGUUCUUGGGCCCUUUGGUGAGCUUCUAACUGAAGAAGACAUCCUGUAUCUGCAACAACAGAUCGACAACGCGUCCCUCCAGAAGCGUCACCAGGCCUACGAGCUGGAGCUGACCAGGUUGAUGAAAGAACUAGGGUCUAUGUUACCGGACCAGAUCCUGAACAUCUCUCUGAAGAAAGAGGGUCUGCACCAAAUGGACGAGCAGCCAAGUCAAGACCUGCCGGUCUGGUGUAGUCGCGUCUCCGAGAUAGUCAGAAGUAUGUCGCUGUUGGUGGCCAACCUGACCCAGACCAUCGAGGAUGGAUCCAUGAGGACCAUGGGGGAGCGUAUAAUGAAGGGACGGCGGGGUUCAGGCGAUGGUCUGGAAGUAGACCUGGGCAAUAAAACGCUGCUGGACCAAAAUGGACGUCAGAGAGUGUCCGUUUUGGGGCAUCGUUUAGACAGCAAUAGGAAACGAGUGGAGAAGGAGAUCCGUCAGUCCGGGGUGUCCGUCAGAAAGCUUCGAGCCAAUUUUGAAGGGCAGAUUGGUGGCAUUUAUCCCUUUGCCGGGGUGGUUCCAGGUAGCCAGGCCUCAAAGAACGAAAUCGUAUCUGAGUUGUCAGGGAUGAGCAAGCCAAAUGGGAAUGUGAGAUUUAGCAUCGAUCCUAUAAAGCAUUCGGCUGUGAUCGAGACCACGAGUCUAAGGAAAGAGCGCAUCGUAGUGUUGUUCCUGAGCCACUGGAAAAAAUCGGCUUACGCGAUUGCCACUCGGGCAGCUAAGCGAGAUGCGAAAUCGGAACGAGGCCAGCAGAAAAUCCCAUCCUUGUUUCAGUUCUGCCAAAAGCGAGGCGCGGUGGACAAGAUGUUAACUUCUUGGAGAAAUAAACUCCAGCCGCGUGGUGUUCAAACAUCCCGUUUGACAUCGUCGCAAAGUCAACUUCAAGUGUUCUCUCCGGAGCAAUUCCUACCUGAGGUGGAUGGCACGGCGGUGAGCCACGAUAGUUUGACAUUGGAUCUCUUCAUGCUGGGAUACUUCCACAUUUUGGAGCAGGAGUUGUCGCCGGUUGAGAGGAAGAUGAGGCAUCUGCUCUGCUUCGAAGUCUUUGACCAUGUGGGGAGUUUCCCAUGGGAGACCGUGCGGGAAUUCCACAAGGUUGUUCUGGAGGAAAUCCGAGCCGGAAGCCGACAUUGGAGCGACGGCUUCGAUGACAUCAAACUCCGCUUCUUCGGCCCAUCAGAACCAAAGUCGGAUAGCGGGCCAGAGCCUUCAGUUGUAGUUCAGUGUGCUUUGCCGAAUGAGGUCAGCUGCGGCACAGACUUGUCCUGUUUCAACAACGAAGACAUUUGUCAAUAUAUUGAUCGCAGCUUUGCUUUCUGGAAGGAGAAGGAGGCGGAGAUCUUUGAUUUUGAACAUUAAGCACACUCUAAAACCUGAUGCUUUUUUUCCACUUAGUGUGUGUCGAGUGUGGUUAUUUGACAUGGGCUGAAGAGUGACUUGGACAGAACGUAAUUUACAUUGAUCUUAGCACGAGGGCAGCGGAGUGCUCUAGUGUUUAGCAUGUCUGCCUCACAGUCGAGUAUCACAGGUUGGAAUCUCCACAUUCAUACAAAUGGACAAUUUAGAGUAUUCAAUGAAGCGAACAUAAAUAAAUAAAACCUUGUUGAAAGUGCA